UGUGUAGGCGGUGCCGCCCCGCCCCGGCGGAGGAAGUGCUGGGCGAUGGCGCGGGGUCUGUGCUGGGCUCUGCUGGCGCUGGUGGCCGCGGGCAGCGCCUUCAACCUGGACGUGCAGCGCCCCGCCGUCUUCUCGGGGCCGCACGGCAGCUACUUCGGGUUCGCCGUGGACUUCUUCGCUCCCGACCCCUCCUCGACGUUUCUCCUGGUGGGAGCUCCGAAAGCAAACACUACCCAGCAUAACAUUGUGGAAGGAGGCCAGGUGCUCAAAUGUAACUGGAAUUCCAACAGAAAUUGCCAGCCGAUUAUAUUUGACUCCACAGGGAACAGAGAUUUUGCUCCUGAUGAUCCGUUGGAAUUUAAGUCUCAUCAGUGGUUUGGAGCCUCUGUGAGAUCCAAAAAUGAUAAAAUUCUGGCCUGUGCCCCGUUGUACCACUGGAGAACAGAAAUGAAACAAGAGCGAGAGCCAGUAGGAACCUGUUACCUGCUUGCCGGAUCAAAAUCUGUGGAGUAUGCACCCUGCAGGUCGACCACUAUCGAUGCAGAUGGACAGGGGUUUUGUCAAGGUGGAUUUAGUAUCGACUUUACAAAGGGAGACAGAGUGCUACUGGGAGGACCUGGAAGUUUUUACUGGCAAGGACAACUUAUUUCUGAUCGAGUGACAGAGAUUGUGGCUAAAUAUGACUCCAAGGUCUACAGUACCAAGUACGAUGACCAGUUAGCAACCAAGCCUGCCAGUGCUGCUUUUGAUGACAGCUACUUGGGUUAUUCAGUGGCUGUGGGAGACUUCAAUGGGGACGGCAUAGAAGACUUUGUAUCGGGAGUCCCAAGAGCAGCGAGAACGCUGGGCAUGGUGUCUAUUUACAAUGGGAAAAACAUGUCUUCCAUGUACAACUUCACCGGAGAACAGAUGGCUGCCUAUUUUGGGUAUUCGGUGGCUGCCACAGACAUCAACGGGGACAAUUAUACAGAUUUGUUUAUUGGAGCCCCUCUUUUUAUGGAUCGAGGUUCUGAUGGGAAGCUUCAAGAGGUCGGCCAAGUUUCCAUUUGCCUCCAGAGAGCCUCCGGAGGGUUUCAGAUCACAAAGCUGAAUGGCUUCGAGAUAUUUGCACGAUUCAGCAGUUGUAUUGCACCGCUGGGGGAUCUGGAUCAGGAUGGCUUCAAUGACAUUGCAGUUGCUGCACCGUAUGGUGGAGAGGACAAGAGAGGAGUCGUCUACAUCUACAAUGGAAGAGCAGAUGGUUUGAACGCAGUCCCCUCUCAAGUUCUUGAAGGGCAGUGGGCCGCUCGUACGAUGCCUCCCAGCUUUGGGUACUCUCUGAAAGGAGCCACGGAUGUGGACAAAAAUGGAUACCCAGACUUGAUAGUGGGAGCCUUUGGUGUUGACACGGCUGUUUUGUACAGGGCUAGACCAGUUAUUAGAGUAAAUGCGGCCCUGGAAGUGAAUCCAACCAUUCUAAACCCAGAAAACAAAGCCUGUUCACUCGGAGAUGUAAAAGUUUCUUGCUUCAAAGUGAAGUUCUGCUUAAAAGCGGAUGGCAAAGGAAAACUCCCUGCUUCACUCAAUUUCCAAGUGGAGCUGCUGCUGGAUAAACUGAAGCAGAAAGGAGCUAUCAGGAGAGCUCUCUUUCUCCACAGCAAACAGCCGAGCCACUCGAAGAACAUGACUAUUACAAAGGGGGGCAAAAUGAAUUGUGAAGAACUUGAUGCCUUUUUGAGGGAUGAGUCCGAAUUUAGAGACAAGCUAACUCCCAUUACUAUUUUCAUGGAAUACCGUCUGGAUUACAAAACAGCUGUGGAUGCAACUGGAUUGCACCCCAUCCUCAACCAGUUCACUCCUGCUAACAUGAGCAGACAGGCACAUAUUCUGCUGGACUGUGGUGAAGAUAACAUCUGCAAACCAAAGCUGGAGGUCUCUGUGGAAAGUGAUCAGAAGCAGAUCUACAUCGGUGAUGACAACCCCUUGACACUAAUUGUCAGUGCUCAGAACCAAGGGGAAGGAGCCUAUGAAGCAGAACUCUUUGUCAUCGUUCCUCCUCAAGCAGAUUUCAUUGGUGUUGUUCGUAACAACGAGGCUUUGGCCAGGCUGUCGUGUGCAUUUAAAACUGAGAAUCAAACCCGCAUGGUAGUUUGUGACCUGGGAAAUCCUAUGAAAGCAGGAACUAAGCUCUUGGCUGGCCUGCGCUUCAGCGUGCACCAGCAGUCUGAAAUGGAUACUUCUGUGAAGUUCGACUUGCAAAUCCGAAGUUCCAACCUGUAUGACAACCUAAGUCCAGUAGCAUUCUACCAGGCUGACCUGGCUAUUUUAGCAGCUGUUGAAAUCAGAGGUGUGUCGUCUCCUGAUCACAUAUUCCUUCCCAUUGCAAACUGGCAGCCAAAGGAGAAUCCAGAAACAGAAGAUGAUAUUGGGCCUCUAGUUCAGCAUAUCUAUGAGCUGAGAAACAACGGUCCAAGUGCAUUCAGCAAGGUGAUGAUGACUCUGCAGUGGCCUUACAAAUACAAGAAUGACACGCUGCUGUAUAUUGUUCAGUACGACAUUGACGGUCCCAUGAACUGCACUUCUGACAUGGAAAUCAACCCACUGAAAGUCAAGAUUUCUGCUUCUAACGAUGAUGAUAAGAAUGAAACACUCAGCAGGGAAGAUAAUCCCGAUCACCGCAUCAGCCGAAGGGAUGUAACUGCCCUCGAAGGAGAUGUGCAUACCUUGGGCUGCGGAACUGCGGAUUGUUUAAAGAUAGUCUGUCAAGUUGGUCACCUGGAAAGGGGAAAGAGUGCAAUAUUGUAUUUAAAAUCACGCCUUUGGACCCAAACCUUCAUGAAUAAAGAAAAUCAGAAUCACUCCUAUUCUCUCAAAUCAUCUGCUUCCUUCAAUGUCAUAGAGUUCCCUUAUAAGAACCUCUCCUUUGAAGACAUCCAUAACUCUACAGUAGUCACUACAAAUAUUACGUGGGGCAUUCAGCCUCAGCCUAUGCCCGUGCCAGUGUGGGUGAUAAUUCUGGCCGUCCUUGCAGGAUUACUGCUGCUGGCUGUUCUGGUGUUUGUUAUGUACAGGAUGGGCUUUUUCAAACGUGUGAGACCACCGCAGGAAGAACAGGAGAGAGAACAACUGCAGCCGCAUGAGAAUGGGGAAGGAACAUCAGAAGCUUAAGCAGAGUUUUAUCUGUAAGGCAUUCUGAAGUCUUAAAGUGCCUGCAUCUUGGUUACGAAUAUUGGUUCCCCCUCAAGGAAAAACAUGACUGCAGAGCUGCUUCUGGUCUCAGAAGGUAUCAGCACAUACAAAGAAAGAUCAAUAUAUUUAAAUUCUCCUUUUUAUAUUAAUUAUGUUCAUACAUGUGACUAACGCAUCUGCACUGAUUUGUGUGUGAAAAUAUUAAAUAAUAUGUAGUGCUAUGAUUUUCUUACCGGGAUGUAGGAGACAUCACCUGGCUUGAUUCACGGACCAGUUUUACAUGAAUUGCUACACAGACCCUGUGUUUGCUUUUGAAGCCAACAGCUUCCAUAGAUACUUGCUGGAUUGUGCAUUGAGUUUCCAUUGUUUUUUGUCGGAGUACACUACGUUUCAUUCCCUAGCUCUGGAAUGCUAGUUGCACAAGAAAACGAACGUGUCUCGUUUUAUCAAACUGAAGAAUGUUCUUUGACCCAUUAACUCUGCUGCUGUUUUUCCUCCUGUUCAAAAAAUGAGAGAGAUUAUUCAGUGGAAUCGUUCAUACCCGAUACCUGUUCUGCCUGCCUUUUGCCCUUCCUGCUCAGCCAUCUGUCCUGUGGUUUCCCUCUAGACUUCACAGAUACUGUUCUCUGGGUCCUGGGCCUCUUGCCGUAGGGAAUGAGUCUACAGAGAUGGAAGUGAGCGGUAAAAAGUGGGGGAUGAUGUACUUCUCAUGCAACCUAGUGAAGAGACUCAGGGCAGGAUCCAGAGACUCUCCUGUGUCUUUCCACAGAGUUCCUGGCAGCAUGGAUUUGUUCAGGUGCUGCCAGGGACAAGAUGCUGGACUGUGGCAGCCAACAGACAUGUCUGAUGAGAAAACCCGUAGCUACGUGAAACCUCUGCAGGGUUUGAAGUUAAGUCUGUGUGUUAUACAGGUUGGGUUUCAGUUUCUGGUGAAACAAUCAAGGAUAGGUUACCUGAUGUGCUGUAAGGAAGCUGUUGUUAAUUCUCCCAUUCCAGUGCUGACUGUGUCCAGGGGCAGAAUGGAGCAGUACAGGGACUGUUUAAACUAGAGGGUUUGCCAGCCAAGCGUAUCUUGAUUACAUCAAUCUGUUAGCCACAGGCUUGCCUGCUUUGCUGCCUGUCCUGAGAGGACAGAGAGCUUGUCCAGUGAAGCAGAGUAGAGCUGGCAGUGCGAAAGAGUUUGAACAGAGAGGGUUAAUUUGCCUUGGUUUAUUUCAUUCAUUCACUGUUUCAUUCAUUGUACAUCCCAUUGAACAUAAGACAUUUCACUGCACGAGACAUUUCAUUAUGUUCAGUACAUUUCAUGACCAGAAACAACACUAAAUAUUUUGUUUCAUUGUUGUGUUUUAAACAUACCAAAAGUUCAGUGGUUUAGAGCCACAAGCUUACAUCAUUCUUAGCUUAUUUCCCUCAGCAUUGGUGUGGUAAAGUGAAGCUUCUUGUACGUACGAGAGAACACGAGAACAUUGUCUGCAUGCAUUUCAGCAGACAUGUAACAGCAAACUAGGAGGCUGUUUGGCUUGCAGCCACAUGUAGCUGUGUUGCACAAAUCUUAGAGUGGACAUAAACUGUUACAAAGGUGCCUUAUAUGAGAUUUGCUUAUUCUCUAUUCCAAAAAUGGAAUAAAUUACAUUAUAAACUCCCUGGAUGCAGCCCCAUACAGAAAAGACGACUUCUGCUUUAAUUGCACCACUGAUAUCUCUACAUAGAUAGGCUCUUAGAAGGACAAAACCCCUGGUUUGGUUGGGUUUUUUUGUCUUGAGGGUUUUGUGUCUUGGGGUUUUUGUUCAAAGCCGCACCUCCCCCACAAAUACCGCAAUCCCCAACAUUGUGGUUUAAUGCCAACUGGCAACUAAGCACUACACAGCUGCUUCCUCGCUCCCCACUGGCAGGAUGGGGGAGAGAAUUGGGGGGAAAUGAGGUACAACUCGUGGGUUGAGAUAAAGACAGUUUAAUAGUACAGAGGAGGCAGGGAAAAUAAUAAUGAUAAAACAGUAUCCAAAACAAGUGAUGCAGAAUGCAGUUGCUCAUCAUCUGCUGACGAAUGCCCAGUACAUUUCCAAGUAGCGGCCACCACCCUGGCCACCCCCCAGUUUUAUUUCAGCACUUGUAUGGUAUGGAAUAUCCCUUUGGCUGGUCUGGCUGGGUCAGCUGUCCUGGUUGUUGUCCUCCCCAGCUCCUCACUGGCAGGGCAGCAUGAGAUUGCUUUAAGUGUGAGCACUGCUCAGCAACUAAACCAGCAGUGCAUUAUCAGCGUUAUUCUCAUCCUAAAUCCAAAACACAGCACUGCACCAGCAACUGGGAAGGAAAUCAACUCUAUCCCAGCUGAAACCAGGACACUUAGUAAUCCCAGAAAUAUCUGAAAUAAACAGUUUGAUUCAGCUGUCAUUUCUGCAUCCUUUCUGAGAUUUAAAAUCCCCAAAUGGCUUUGGUGGUGAAGUCCAUUUGUAGUCACUGAGCCGUCACAGCAUUUGAGUCAUGAAGAGAGGCAGCAUGAGGUCUGGGGGGGGCCAGUUUGUACAUCAGAGAUAGGCUUGCGUGCUUAUCCGUUUGCAGGUUUUUGGUUUAGACAGUUUGUUUAUAUGAGAAGCUACAGCACAUAGUUCAGCUUUCACUGAAUUUUCAAGGUCUUCAGUGUGGCCAAUGUUUGAUUUUUCGUCUGUACUUCUAGUAUUGUUACUAGUAAUAUGGUAAAGAUGGGGAGUUGGGCUUUGAUCCUGGGCUCAAAAUGUGACUUUUAUGAAACACAGUUUCAGUGACUUACACAGGCUUCUCGUUCACACGCUUUGCCAGCUGAUUAUCUGUAUGCAAGGAGAUUGUUUUUACUCAAUCUUAAUCUUAGUGGGUUAAGAGGUUUAAGAGACUGUCAGACAGAUUAUAGAUCUAAUUCUUACAUGUCUGCUUUCAUUACAUGUACACACGGUGUUGACUUGAAAUUUAUUAGACUACUUGCAUGUCUAGGUAUUAUAAAGAGAUAGAAAUGAAAAUAAACCAUGAUCAGGAUCCCUUCAGCUCACAUGGAAGGGGUACCGUAGCAUUGUUCGUGUCAGCGCGAACUGCAUCUUUACUGUGGCAACUGGAAACUCUCAUUUUGCUGAUUUUCAGCAUAAAAAGGUACUUUUUAUUGGUACAACUACUGUAGCUGUGGAAAGUUUCUUCCGUUUGUUGAAGUUACAUAAAGUAAGGAUUAUUUAAGUGAUUUUUAUUGUCUUGCAUUCUGUUGGAGAAUAAAAGCAAGCAGUUGCUUCUCCCAUGUCCACUAAGUUCCAGUCUGGUUAAGAAAACCAAAACAGUAGCAUUAGGUAAAUGGAGUGUACAGGUUACCUAGUGAACCUCGCUAGAACACCCCAAAUUCGGUUCCAAGUAGCAUUUCUGUUUCACAAAGAGGACGUUUUCCUGAUGGGGGGCGCGGGGUAUCACUUUCUAAGUUCAGCAAUAAGACUACAGACUAUAUCUGUACUUGUGUCAGUAUGAAUUUCAUAUGGACUUACAGGCAUCGAUCUGUUUGUACAGCAGAUAUUGUAGAAUGAUGUUAAAGCUUUUAAAGAUACUUUUUCAAUGUAUUUUGGAAUGAAAUAAGUGCCUUUGAGUCAUAAUUGAUGUGCAUAAAAUGCAUGCUGCCAGCGUUAAAAAAAAUAGCAGUACAGUAACAGAGAAUUCGUUUUCUUCUGAGAGUUCUGUUUCAGAAGCAUAUUUUUUAUGAAAUUAACAGUUAUGUAAUUAUUUAGACAAUGGAAACAAUAGCUCUAUUUUUUGUAAUGAAAUAUUAAAUUCUUUAAGCACUCCAGUUUGCAGUUAUCGCAGCAUCUCAUGGUCAAUAUUAAAACUGAUUUAUAUUACAAAACUCGUAUCAUCUAUCGCUAUAUUUGACAACAUCUAGAAAACAUAAAAGAAGGAAACUAAUUAAUAGGUUUACAUCUCUUCCAAGAAACUAGCAAAUUGUGGAGACAGCUUUUGUUUGAGCGUGACUGCAUAGUCCAACACGGGAUACGUUUGUCAACAGAAGAUGAAAGAUAUUGGUGUCAAGUUUAUAAUUUUAUUUGUCCUGUAUUUCUGCUUUAAUUUUUUAUUUGCAAGUUCACCUUUGAUUCACGCAAUGCUUGUGGAAGCAUUUAAGAAAUUUUAUUCUAUAUGCUCUGUCUUUACGAAACAUUUAUUCCAAGCCAAGGUUUUUAAUACUUAGUUGUUUCUCAGCUUGUGUCUGUGCUUACGUUGCUUUUAAGGUAAACUCUCACGGGUAUUUUGAAUAUAUUUCCGCUAUAAUUAGCAUGUUCCUUGUGAUCUGAAGGAAUUGUGUUGCACUUGGAUUUUUGCAGCGUUCGGGUUUGCUGCCGGUUACCCCGGCAAGGGCCCUGCAGGAUUUUUCCUGCACCCUCAACCAGUAACAGAGCAGCGUGACCCUGGUGAAAUGUAGUCAGGUUUUGUCUUUUGUCCAGACUGUUGCUGCUCUGAAGCCCCGUUCCACAGCCCAGUGAAGUCACAGAAAACCUGAUAUUCAUUGCAGCUGGCUUUGGACGCGACCCUUUGUGUUUGGUGCUUUUGGUUGUUAGUGAGAAACAAAAUAAAUCGGGUUUUAUUAAAAGAAAAUGAAAAAAAACCUAAAAAGCUGGUGGCAGAGUAGAGCCUUACUGCAAAGAGGUGGUUUCUGUUUGUGUGCUCGUCUCUUUGGGAGGGAGGACUCCUCAGUUCGUCCUUGGAAGAGGCGUCCUCUCCCAAACAGAUGCCACAGCUCAGAUCAUGACUACGUACUGAGCUCUAAGAGCCCACUGACUUGUGUGGGAUCUGAAUGUGCUGGUACCGAAUCUCUGUCUCCUGCUGCCCACGUGCAACACGACGUGGCCGGCUGCAGCUCGCUGCCGGGCUGGCUACGGUCCUUCCCUGCAAAGGGGCGCAGCAGCUGCUGACCUGCAGUGCUCAGUAUCUUUAAGGACACGAACAGAACCACUGCGUUAAUUUGAGAUGACAAAGGAGUGGUACAGAAAGCUUGUGAUCACCCACAUUGGGUGAAACACAAUGUAUAUGUUGGAGUCUGUGAGUUACUGGGAAUGAGAACAAUGUUCUGUAAUCCUGUUGCGGGAAAUCUGACCGGGAUACACAGUAAGGGGUUAGUCGGUGCUGUUACUGUUUCAUAGCAUUAUGGCAUCUGAGG